GUCUUUCAGUCAUUGUUUAGCUUGUGCUAGUGAGGGUGAGAGGCUAGCUAAAAUUUUUGAACAGGUUUUUGAACAUUUCGUGCAUGCAUUUAAGAAAGUUGAAGUUCACAGCGGACAUUUGAGAGCUUGCCAACGUAACAAUGAGCAAAAGGAAAGCGCCGCAGGAAUCCCUUAAUGAAGGAAUAACAGACUUUCUUGUCGAGCUGGCCAAUUAUGAGAAAAACGUCAACAGGGCAAUACACAAGUACAAUGCUUACAGGAAAGCAGCAUCUACGAUUGCCAAGUACCCUAACAAAAUCAAAAGUGGUGAAGAAGCCAAGAAAUUGGAUGGUGUUGGAGCUAAAAUAGCAGAGAAGAUUGAUGAGUUCUUGCAGACUGGAAAACUACGUAAACUGGAAAAGAUUCGUAAUGAUGACACCAGCUCCUCCAUCAAUUUCCUCACCAGAGUUACUGGAAUUGGCCCUGCUGCUGCAAGGAAGUUUUUUGAUGAAGGGGUGAAGACAUUAGAAGAUUUGAAAAAGAUUGAGCACAAGCUAAACCAUCAUCAACAGAUUGGACUCAAGUAUUUUGAGGAAUUCGAGAAGAGGAUACCACGUGCUGAAAUGGAAAAGAUGGAGACUCUUAUUCUUGGAGAGUUGAAGAAGAUCGAUACUCAAUAUAUUGGGACAAUCUGUGGAAGCUACAGAAGAGGUGCAGCGUCGAGUGGUGAUAUUGAUAUCCUGCUGACCCACCCAGACUACACCUCUCAGACUCAGAAGCAGCCCAAACUCCUUCAUGCUGUGGUCGACCACUUGGAAUCACUUGGGUUCGUGACUGACACACUGUCCAAAGGAGAAACCAAGUUCAUGGGAGUCUGCCAGCUGCAGCAGAGUGAUGAAGAUGAGGAAGAAUACCUUCACAGGCGUAUUGAUAUUAGGUUAAUUCCGAAGGACCAGUACUACUGUGGUGUUCUGUAUUUCACGGGAAGUGAUAUCUUCAAUAAAAACAUGAGAACUCAUGCUCUGGAUAAGGGCUUCACUCUUAACGAGUACACCAUACGCCCACUUGGAGUCACUGGUGUGGCAGGAGAGCCUCUGUUGGUGGAUAGUGAGAGAGACAUCUUUGAAUACAUCCACUACAAAUACAAAGAGCCAAAGGACCGCAGCGAAUAAAUUAAAGCACAGCUUACUGUUACGUCUGUAUUUGAAGUUAGAGCAUUCCUGCAAAUGAGAUCAGAAGCAUGUUUACGAAUGUGUAUACCAUUCGACUGUGUUAUUGAAAGAAAACAACUAUCAAGUAAUUUUAGUUGUUUGUUUUGGACUUUUAUUAUCUUAAUUUGAAAUAGUCCCCCUUAAUGGCACACACAUCUGCACAAAAAUAUAUAUUUUUUAAUUUUGUUUUAUCUUUAGUCAAAUUCUCCAUUGUGUAUUUUUGGGCUCCAUUUUAAACAAGUUUUUCAAAUCAUGCUUUCAACUGAAAUUUACACACUUGUACAUUUAAUUUUUGAUUUAUCAGAAAAUAUUAUACCAUAACCUGAAAGGAAUAAUGUGAAAGUGGACUGGCUUCUGCUACAGCUGUUGUUCGUCCAACAUGACUUCUCCUAGAAUUCCUCAAGUGUUAUUUGUCCAGGAGGGUUUUACGGGAGCUGAAUUAUCAAUAGAGGUCUCUACCUUCCCAAAACAAAUAGUGUUGGUGACUAAAACCAGUAAAAAACUGAAAAAAGCAGUUUUAUGUUACAAAUCACAGUUUCUGGGGCAUUGGUGGCUGAGUGCAUAAAGUGGGCACAAUGAAUGAAUGAAUGAAUGAAUGAAGGCAGUGUCCUUGCCACAGCGGCCUCUGGUUCGACUCCCGUUCGAGGCCCUUUGCUGCAUGUCACCCCCCCCCCUCCAUGCUAUUGAUCUGUCCUAUCUAAUGAAUGCUAAAAUACCCCAAAAAGUCUUUAAUUAAAAAAAAAUGUUGGAGGUGCGGCAUGGUGGUGUCUGUUGCCUCACGGGAAGAGGGGCCCCGGUUCAAUCCCAGGUUGGAACGGGGUUUCGGUCUGUGGGCGGGGGGUCUUCGGGGUCUUCGGCUUCCUCCCACAUUCUAAAGACAUGCAGGUCAGGUUGAUUGGUGACUCUAAAUUGCCCUCCUUCCGCCCAAUGAAGGCUGGGAUUGGCUCUAGCCCUCCUGCAACCCAAGGACAAGCGGUUACAGACAAUGAAUGAAUGAAAAGAGGAAUGAAUGUUGGAGGUGGGCAGCUUGCUCAGCAUCUGCUCACCUUUUUUCUCUGAUAACAUCCAGAUGUCCAGGAGGUUUUCACCAAAAGAAUUCUCCAAGGAGAUAUCUUCCUCUUUAAAACAAACUGACCAGAUAAUUUAAACUGGUAAAUACACUGAUUUAUAACAUGAAACUGCUUUAUUCAGUGAAAUUCAGACACUGCAUGGUGCAGAUGGGUCCAUUGUGACUGACUACUAUCAUCAAGGCAUUUUUCCUUUACAAAGGUGCCCUUUAAGUGUGAUGACUGAGUUGUGCAAAGGCAUUUUAAUGUACAGUUACACUUUCAGAUAACACAGCAGUAUUACUACUUUAUGUUAGUAGUUUGAAAAAACUUCCACACCAUGGACAUUUAAGUGUGUUUUUAAAUGUUUAGUUGUCUUUCGGUAUGGGCAAACAAAUGAAUUAGAAAAAAAUGCAGUGAUGCAAAUACUGUUUGUGGUUAAUGGGCUCAGUUUCUGGUUAUGGACACUAAUCUGGGACAAGCCGAUAAUUGCUUUUUGGUGACAAAUAAGAAUAAACAUUUUUUUCCAGUUAAA